AUGCCAUCAUAUGGAUCCAAGUUGCCACCACCACUGCUGACACCAGCCUCCUUUUCCCUUCGUGGAGCAGGUUUACUUGUGACAGCUGCAUUCCUGGUGAGCAUGAUGCUAAUGGGGCUGGUACUACAAUUUGUGGAAGUGAGCAGCAUCAUGCUCGUGAAGGAAAAUGAUUCCCCAACGACGCUUCGUCUUGCUGCGAAGGAACAAACUAUCGCAUCGGUCUCAGCGCCACCUCUAAAUUUAUAUACGACAGAAGAUGAAAAAAACCUUGAUAAUCUUCGGGUCAUAAUUGCCUUUGACGGAGAUCAUCCUGUCUUGCCGGGACAAUAUGUGCCCAUGGACGAGGCCCAGCAAGCUCCUAGCGUCUGCAUCGAAGGUCACAUCACGGAUUAUAGCGAACGCUUUACGUAUGUGCUCAUCGACCUGGAUGCUCCGGAUCCCAGGGCGCCAACGCACGCGCCGUUCCUGCACUAUAUUCUGGCAAACUUGGUUGCAACUGGAAAGAAUGUUCAGGACAAUGACAAGAUUGUAGUGGUUCCUUAUUAUCCAGUUACACCACCCGUCGGGGAACACAGAUACGUGUCUUUGCUCUUCUGCCAACUUCAGGGUCCUCCUCGAGCGCUGGAUGAAAUCAAACGCGCAAAUUUCGAUGUAACCGAAUUUGCCACGAAGAACAUGCUGGAGCUCGUAGCUUCGAGCAGUUUCCAUUCGCAUCCCACACCGAAAAUCGAGGAAUAA